CAAUAAUUUUAUCCAUAAAAGCGAUGUUACGUCUAUUCUUACGCAGCUCAAACACAGACUGUUUGAACACAAAUGUAUACAGAAUAUUCACGAGCCCCGAAUGCCAGACACCUAUGUCAUUUUCUUUUUCCUGUCGCGGAAGUCGAUAAAGGCCACUAGUGCAGCACAUGCGCGGAAGCUAUUGCGACGUAAAAGCAGAGCGUCAUUUAUCGAAGCACGAACGCACGCGUUCUUUUGUUGAGCUCUGAGAGAGCAAAACGAGCCAAGUUUCGUCUUGGUGCUUCCGAUGACAACGAGGUUGACUGAUGACAACAUUGUUGUAUACUUUUCCGUGGGGGUCGGCUGACCUGUCACCAAGUCUAUCGCGAAGCCAUCGGAGGCGCCUUCGCCGAACGCCGGUCUCGAAUCUCGCCACAUGUGUUUAUAGAGAGAGAGCUCCCCCGGCCACAGAGGCGCUCCCGGCGCACCCAGCGCAAGCAGCUCGCAACAUGUGGCUUGUUUAGAAACGGAGCUUCGUCCCGGCGACGACGCAAUCUCGUAAGACCGGUUUCCGCGCCGCGGCCCUUUGAGUAUAACAGUGCCCCCAGUGGCAGCAGCCACAGCAGCGGGCGGUGGCUGGACGAGUCGCAGGCGCACGCAGCCGCCUCGUCUCCUCCAACUGUUGCAUCUUGCCGGAGACUCGAGGAAGGCCGCUCCGAAGCGCCGGAUGAAGCUGUCACCGAAGGCACGUUCCACUCGGCUGUUUUAUACGGGAUUCCCGGUGACAAAAGCGAGCCGACUCGACCGCGCACGCCGCCAGAGGCACCUGUGCGCUGUCCGCAGGAGCGUGCCUGUUAUCGCCGGCGGCCGUGGCGGACGGAUUGUAGCGCCUGCUGCCGCUGCACAGAGCGUCGCGCGCGGCGAACCGCGCGUCGACCAAGAUGUCCUUGCGGUGGCGUAGCCUGGCCUCGCGCUCGCGCCUGGGCUCCGGGCCGGGCGACGGGCCAUGGGAGCCCGACGAGUGCGUCAAGCUGCUCGCGAGCGCCGAUCUGCCGCGGCUCACCAUCAUCAAGCGCGAGCUGGGCCGCGCCGACUCGUCGUGGAUGAAGCGCUUCUUGGAGCUGGACGGCCUGGACGCCCUGUUCGGCGCGCUGGACGCGUUCAGCGGUCACCACGAGGCGUCCUUCCAGGACGCCGUGCUGCAGCUGCACUGCGUCGAGUGCUUGCGCGCCCUGAUGAACGCGCGCACGGGACUGGACCACAUUGUGAAGCAGCCGCGUUACACGCGCAAGUUGGCCGAAGCUUUGGCCAGCCCGAACCGCGUGGUGCGCAAGCAGGUGCUCGAGCUCCUGUCGGCCGUGUGCGUGUACGCGCCGGGAGGCCAGGCUCUGGCGCUGGACGCGCUCGACCACCUGCGCGCCUCCACGGGCAGGCAGCACCGGUUCAGCGUGCUCGUCGACGAGCUGUCGCACCCCGAGGUACUGCCUUACGCCGCCACUGUGCUCGCCUUCAUCAACUGCGUACUCAUCAGCACCGACGAGUUUCGCGAGCGGCUUCGCCUGCGCAACCAGCUUCUCGGGCUGGGCUUCCUGGAGCUGGUGGAACCACUGCGUCGUUCCGGCGACGACGAGUUGUUCAUCCAGUGUCACGUGUUCGAGACGACCCGCGAGGCGGAUGACGAGCACGCGCUAAGCCUAGGACUCACGGCCUCGGGAAACCACUACGAGGCCUUCGCUGCCGUCAUGAACAAGGUAUAUGGCAAGCCGCAGUCCAUCGCUUUCCUCAUGCUCCUGCGAAAUCUCGAAAAGCUCGACCCCGAAGACACAGCUAGCCACCUGGCCUGGGAGUUGCUGGAGCGGUUGUCGCAGCAGCUGAGCUCCGCCCCCGUGCUGCCCCUGUACAACGCGCUGGGACCCAAGCUGACCCCAACGCCGCCAGAGAUUGCAGACAUGGAGCGGCUGGGCAACGGCUGCCGCCACCGCAGUGGAAGCGAGGGCGACACCGAGGUCUUCGCCGAGCGCUCUCCACCGCCGCCUAAGAAUAGGCUCAACAUUUUCAAGUUUAUCACUCAGGGUUGGAAGAAGAGCUCAGCACGUGGCGAUGCGGACGCGCAGGUGUCCGGUCUCUCGCGGUCCAUGUCAUAUCGGUCCAAGUCUACUCAGCCGCGGAGGUCUUCUCAGCCGUCGCCCGUCACUCGGCGGACCGAAGAGGCGGUCGGCGCCAAGCGGUCGCCCAACUCGACGCGCGUCACCAAGCGCAGCGUCGAGGCCUCGCCCCCGCGCUCCUCCCCGCAGCGCUCGUCGCCGCGUUCGACGCAGCUGACGCGCUCCUCGGUGCUUCGCUCGUCAACCGAUGGCCAGCCGCCGGUCGUCGCGGCUGCGUGCAAGACUUCGCCAGAGAUCCGGCGACGGCCAGACGGCAACGAGGCAGCACGCUUGCCUGCGCCUCCGGCACCCAGCGAGCCGCAGGGACUCAAGGCAGUUCAACCCGUCAAUGGAGCACCAACGGCAGUGAGUGGACCAUCAGGUCCACCCCCUCCGCCUCCGCCACCUCCACCACCACCACCCCCGCCCCCUCCGCCGCCCCCACCGCCUCCGCCGCCACCACCACCACCACCACCUGCGUCACAGCCAGGAAUGCAGAGCCCACACGGUGAUGGUUUGGCGACCACUAUCACACCAUCCAAGGUGAUGCAACUCCACUCAGCGCCACGUGGACCGGCCUCCCCUGGCCCUUUCCACACCCUGCCUAAACCACAGCAGAAGAUGAAGACGCUCAACUGGACUAAGGUGCCGGACACACUUGUCUGCGGGGGCAAGAGCAUCUGGAGUGAUGUCACGAAGGAGGCGCAGGACGAAGACGUUGAACGGAAGCUAAACUUCAAGCAGGUGGAAGAGCUGUUCUGUCAAAAGAUGGCCACCACAGCGCAGCCAAAGGUGCCGCCAGACAAGAAGAAAAGGCGGGAGCCAGCGUUGCUCAGCCUUCUGGAUGGGAAGAGGAGCCUCAACGUCUGCAUUUUCCUCAAGCAAUUCAAGUCUGGGCCUGAACAAAUUGUCUCCAUGAUUCGCUCUUGCAAGUCUAAGGAAAUCGGCUCGGAGCGCUUGCGGAUGUUGCAAAAGAUACUGCCAGAGCCAGACGAGUUGAGCAUGCUGCGGUCUUACACGGGUGAGCGGAGCAAGCUGGGCCAAGCGGAGCAGUUCUUCCUGAUGCUGGGCGACUUGCGGCUGCAUGCGCUCUACGUGGAUGGCAUGUUGCAGAUGGAGGAGUUCAGGCCCAGCGUUGAGGUGCUGAAGCCCCAGCUAGACAACUACAUUGGCGUUUGCCAGGAGAUACUCACCAAUCGCAGCCUCAAGGAGUUCCUCAAGCUCAUUCUCAUCACCGGAAACUUCAUCAACUCGGGCAGUUACGCGGGCAACGCAUUCGGCUUCCGGCUGAAUACGCUUCCGAAGCUGCUGGAGACACGCUCGAACAAGCCACGCAUGACACUUCUUCAUUUCCUAGUCGAAAUCGCAGAGAAGGAGCAGGCGCAGACGCUGUCGUUCACCAAGGAUCUCCGACAUCUUGCCCAGUGCUCCAGGUUGUCUCUGGAUGGCAUGCGCGCAGAACUGAAACAGCUGUCUAAUGGCAUUGAAAAGCUCGAGAGGCAUCUUCCUCAAGGCGACGCUGACUUCAAGCAACACUUCGGCGCCUUUGUCACCAUGGCCAAGGCGCAGCUGAGUGAACUGUCUUCGAGCUUCGACAAAAUUGGGCAACUCUCGCGGAGGCUCGCUGAGCACUUCUGCGAGGAGGAGAGUCGCUUUUCUGUCGAAGAGUGCCUGCACAUCUUCAACAACUUUUGCGAAAAGGUCAAGCUGGCGCAAAAGGAGAAUGAAGAGCGCAGGCAGCUGGAAGAGCGAGCAGAAAAGCUGAAAAUCACGCGGAUGGGCACGGACCAGGGCAAGCCAGUACACCAAAGCAACACGCCAUCUGAGAUGACGAUGAAAACCAAUGUCCAUCCGAAAUUGCAAAGCAGACGCAAAGCCAUCACAGUCUUUCCAGCUUCUGAUGCAGCUGCUUCAAAGAAACGACACGCAAAGAAGCCGGCUGCCUCCUUUGUAGAGGAGGAGUGCAUCGUCGACCGCCUGCUUGCUGAAAUACGUCAGGGAAGCUUCAAGCUACGCAAGACCCCCGCUUGACGCAGCGCGUACGACGGCGGGCACAGCAGACUCAAAUUUAUUGCUUCAAGGUUUUAAACAAAUAAACGUUCUAUUUUAAUUGA